UACAAAUUGUUUCAUGCAUUUUAUUUAUGUAUCAUUUUCAUAAUAAAAUUUUUAUUGUUUCUAAAAAAAUUAGUUUUCCAGGACUUUUUGCAGAGUAAUAUUCUGUAAAAUGCGUUAAAGGUAUCGGUUACAUUCUGUAUAUACUGUAUAUGUAUUAGAAAUAUUAUAUUAAUAAGGUCAAAGGAGAAUUUGUGUUAAAUUUUGUUUUAUUUUAUCUCCUAGUAAAAAGCAAUUACUUAAUAAUUGAAUAUCUAUUAAUAAGGACAUCUAUAAAUUUACCUGAAAAUAAUAUAAUUUUAAAAUAAUAAAUGAACUGUCAUAAAAAGUAAUAAACAUUAUUAUUAUUACUUUUAAAGAAGUGGAAUAUACGCGUGAAUUAACCUGAAUGAACUAUGAUAAUACGCAGAUAGCUUUUUAGAUUGCGCGCUGUCUAGUUUUCCAUUACAAAUAAUUACGAAUUUUUAUUAAAAUAAUUACACAAAUUGUUUACAACUAUAAUAUUUUUGUUGUAGUUUUAUAAUUUUUAAAUUAAAUUUUUUAAUACAGAAUUUAUUUAGUGCAAAAUGACAUCGAAUAUCAAUGUUAAUUUCCGUGAUCAGCCUUCUGCACUUAUUCGUGUAGUAGCCCAUGGCUUCAUUACUGUUUUAAUGUUUUAUACUAUUUUAGAAGCUGAUAAAAUAGAUUUUUCUGAAAUUAAAUUAUCCACCAUCAGAAAUCUCGAAAAAUAUCGUUAUUUUACAUGUACAUUUUUAACAGCGAGUUUGACUUUUGUGAUUUUUUCCUUAUAUACUGCGUUGGAUUUAUUGGAAAUUAUUCCAAAACCCGAUAUGAUAAGUAAAGUGCUGAAAACUAUUCGGAAAAUAGAUGAUUUAUUGUUUAUAUCUAUUUCAUUGCCAAUAACAAUUAGCGUAUGUAGUGCAUUUUGGCUUGGUUGCAUGCUAUACGGCAAAGAUGUUUAUCCCGAAGAAAUGAAUAAAUACAUUCCAGAAUGGAUAAAUCAUAUGGUUCAUACAGCACCAAUAUUUUUUUAUUUUUUCGAAUUUUUUUUUGAAAAUCAUAAAAGUCCAAGUCUAAAAGAUGCUCUUACUUAUCUUACUACAACUAUCACAAUAUAUACAAUAACCAAAAUGAAAACGAAAUCGACUUUCGUUUGAGUUGCUUCUCUGUAUGAUGUCUUCUGGCAGCGGGGACACCUUUUAUAAAAGACUGCGAUACGCCUUACACCUCAUCAUACAUACUAACAUGGUCAAAAUGAGAAAUCAAAAAUGUUUUAUUAUUUUUAUGCUGACACUUGUUUCUAAAGGAAAUGCAUGGAGAUCUAAAAACGAUGAUUGCGCAUUGCCAUUAAAACACUUUAAAUAUAUUUCUCAAUUUCAUGGUGAAAAAUGUAUUACUUAUACUAACGUAACUGACGCAUUCCACGAAGCAUGUAAAGGCGUACUGAGCAUUGAGCCAGGGACAAAUGAUUUAACAGAUAUUCAAUUAGAAAAUUUUGGAUAUGUCUUGCAGGAAACUACAAGAAUAAUUUGUGAAUGGUUUGGACUUACUAAAGAUCAAGUACGUAGUUUGUUGCCUCUUAUAAACACAAUGAACACAGACAUUAAAUCAUUUUGUCCCAAAGAAUUGAAAUCUUAUCCUGGAAAUGACUGCAGUGGGAUUAAUUUUCGAUCAAUUGAUGGUAGAUGUAAUAAUAUAGUACACCCUCAUUGGGGAGCUGCCAAGUUACCGUUUAAGCGCUUAUUACCACCGGAUUAUGGAGAUGGGAUCAAAUCAUUUAGAACAAGUAUAACAGGAUUUCCAUUACCAAAUCCUAGAUCAAUAUCUGCUCGAAUUCAUAGAGAUUUACCUAAACCACAUAGAACCGAUAUUUCAUUUAUGUUUGCUGCCUGGGGACAACUCAUUGAUCAUGAUCUAACCCUAACUGCGGAAACCAAAGAACCUAUAACAAGACAAGAAAUCAAAUGUUGUUCCGGAGCUACACAUCCAAGUUGUAUACCAAUACAUGUACCAUCAGACGACCAAUUUUUCAUUGGGAAUCACCGACAACGUUGUAUAGAUAUGAUUAGAUCAUUAGCUGGUGUUACUAUAGAUUGCACAUUAGGACCUAGAGUACAAAUAAACGCAUUAACAUCAUCAAUUGAUGCUAACUUCAUUUAUGGAUCUAAUGACGAUUUGGCUAAAAAACUAAGAUCUUUCGAAGGUGGCAAAUUGACAAUGGUACCAAUUUUAGCAGGACUUAAAUUAAAAUUUAUUUUACCGCCAAAAAAACAUCAACCUGACGAUGGAUGUAUUAGACCGCAUUCAGAUUUAUAUUGUUUUUUAGCGGGUGAUAACCGAGUAAAUGAACAAUUGGCUCUAGGUGUACUUCACACAAUAUUUGCACGUGAACAUAAUCGAAUUGCUGACGAACUUUGUGUCAUUAAUCCCCAUUGGGAUGACGAACGAUUAUACCAGGAAACAAGAAAAAUUAUUGGGGCAAUGGUUCAACAUAUAACAUACAAUGAAUUUUUACCAAAGCUUUUGGGUAAAUACACGAUGAAAAAGUUUGGCUUGGAAUUAGUGCCUCAAGGAUUUUCAAACAGUUACGAUCCCGAUAUAGACAUCACUAUACCAGCGGUAUUUGGAUCAGCAGCUUUUCGCUUUGGUCACUCUUUAUUACCAGACGCAAUGGAAAGAUGGAGUGUAGAUCACAAGUUUUUAGGAUCAAGAAGAUUCAGUGAAAUAUUCCAACAACCAUAUGAUCUUCACAAACCUGGAUGGUUAGAUCAAUACCUUUUGGGUAUGGUUAAUCAGCCGUCACAAGCUAUGGAUGACGCUAUAACAUCACAAGUAACGAAUCAUUUAUUCCAAGAACCCGUUAACGACUAUGGAAAAGACUUAGCUUCCAUAAAUAUUCAACGUGGUAGAGAACAUGGUAUACCAUCGUAUUCAGCAUGGAGACAAUUUUGUAAGUUACAGUCCAUUAAAACGUGGAGCUCUAUGCUAACUGAUAUUAGCAAUGCAACUGUCAAAGCCUACCAUGAUCUUUUUACAUCUUCCGAAGAUGUUGAUUUAUGGUCAGCGGGAGUUUCAGAACGUGCUUUCGAUGGAAGUAUUAUAGGCCCAACACUUAGCUGUAUCAUUGCUAAAACUUUCAGUGAUCUGAAAAAAGGAGAUCGUUUUUGGUAUGAAAAUCCUGAUUUGCCCAAUUCGUUUACCUUGGAACAACUAAGUGAAAUAAAAAAGAUUAAACUAUCACGAGUGUUGUGUGACAAUAGUGAUGGUAUUGCAACUAUUCAACCAUUUGUAUUGGAAUUACCUUCAUAUAAUAAAAAUAGUAGAGUAUCAUGUAAAGGACAUAUUUUACCUCAAAUAGAUUUAUGGGCCUGGAAAGAGUAUCCCGGGUGCUGCAAUAAAAAAAAGGUUUCAAAUCCACACAAUCCCACAACACAGUCGCACAAAGUUCACGUAAAUGAAAGGAAUAAAGAUGAUGAAAAUUUAUAUAAGUUCAUUCAAGCUAUAGCUGUUAACAUUUCAUCGGCAAAACCAUACUCAUCGAAAUAG